AUGCCAGGACAACCGAAGUUUGACUGGUUCCAGAGCGAGUCGGAGGUCGCACUCAAUAUCCUCAAAAAGGGUGUACCUCUCGAGGAAUGUAUUGUAACUUAUUCGGAUCGCAGGUUGACUGUCCAACAAAAUGAUGAGGUUCUGUUCACGGAUGUAUUAUUCAGCGAGGUGGACAAAGACCAUUUCGUUGUAAAAUGCACUCCAUCAAAGAUUGAACUUAAAAUGCCGAAGAAAGUUCGUGGCGAACGUUGGACAUCACUUUUAGCGUCCACUGAAUGUGCACCAACGGGAGCAAUGAUGGCACCAGGACCCAUCACCGAAACUCCGACAUUUUUCAAAAAAAAUUGGGAUGCCAUUGAAAAAGCUGCCAUUCAAGAGGAAGAACAAGAGAAAACUGUUGGGGAUGAGGCAACGAAUCAUUGGUUUAAAACAUUAUAUCAAAAUGCAUCAGAUGACGUCAAAAAAGCGAUGAUCAAAAGCUAUCAAGAAUCUGGUGGUACCGUGUUGUCGACGAAUUGGGAAGACAUAAAGUCGCGAAAGGUUGAGGUUCAGCCUCCAGAUUGCAUGGAAUACAAAAAAUAUGCGUCAUGA